AUGCAUCUUUCUGAAGAAGAAAAGGACGUGGACACGUCCACAGUCGAUCUUAUCAAGAUCCACGAGCUCCACAACACGCGAUUCUGGACAGUGAUGUGCUACUUGGGCACGUGGUUUGUGAUUUUGUUGAAGCUUGCCAUUCUUGGUGCAGAUACUUACACGUGUAUCAGUAUAUUGGUUUUCCACCGGUGGUCGAGCGACGACUACCAGGUUUACGAGUUCCAUGUGGCCAAGUGGCUCUUCACAGGAUGUAUUGUCUUCCGGUUUCUUUUGCUUGCGUGGCAGAUCGCCUGGGCCAUCCACAUUUACCGAACGAAAAAUAUAGCGUUGGCAUAUCUCAAUAACUAUGCGUCGCUCAUGUACAGCGUGCGGUCUUACGACUACCAUUGUCUUUUCCAUGCCAUCGAGCGCGUGGGUUUUUUUGAAUGGGCGGCGUUUUUCAUCUACUUCAACCUAGACGACGCCUUGGAGGUGCUUGUUGCAGAUUUGCCCCGUCAGGUGAUCAAUAUCUUGACUCUUCGGUACUAUGCUACUGGUGGCGAUCUCAACAACGACGUGUUGCUGAAUAUCAAAACGAUAGCCACCACCAACAUUCGGCUAGCGGUCAUUUUGUCUGUGCAGUUGUUGUCUGUGGCGAUCUUUGCAUUUUUCUUCUUCCAGUUUGUGCUUGCAAUGAUCUUUUUCAUUCCCAUCAAGGUCAAGCUCUCGGACAAGGGGUUCCGCCUGUUCAAAGCCUUCUGCUACCUGCGGGUGAACGAGAAGGUGCGUUUUCUUGUCUCGCGGAACCACAAGUCCAGAGCGCAGAUAUUGGACGAAGGCAUCUUGGACGCGGCAGAAAUCCGUGCCAAUCCUUUGCUUUCGUCGUCCUCCACCUUCGACUUGGAGAACCAACCCUUCGACCGCUAUAAUCCGUUUGGAGAAUCGGCGGUUCUGCUUGAUAACCUCAUGGAUCGCAGACCUCCACGUGCCUACACAGCUUCUUCCUUGCGUGGCCCAUUCACCCGACUGGGAAGUGCGAGCUCUCUCACUAAAAUGCCGUUGGAAGAAACCACACUCGAAGAGAAUCCGUUUGAAGGGCCUUUUGACCGCACAACUACGCUUGAGAGGAACACUUUUGGCGGCAGUUAUGACCGCAAGGGCGCUUUCGAUGGCAAAAAGAUCUAUGACCGUAAAGGAACCUUUGACAGUUCGUUUGAGCGCAAGGGAACGUUCGACAGCUCGUUCAAGCGCACAGAAACUUUUGACAGUUUGCUUGACCGCAAAGAAACAUUCAAUAGUUCGCUUGACCGCAAAGAGACAUUCGGCAGACCGCUCGGGAAGAGAAAGAUCGACCGCAAAGAAACGUUUGACUUUGCCAGCCCAUUUCUGGAUGCUCGCUCACAGUCUUUGGACCACUUUUCUGUCGAACGCACAUUUGAACAUUACCCAGCACCGUUCAGCGAUACCAGAGAGGAAAAGGACGAGAAAGAAGAUGUUUCUGUGCGGGCCACAGACUUGGGCCACACUGAGGCCAUUUCGCUGCAAUCAGAGCCUGCAACUGGGCUUGGGUCUACGCCAGAGAAAGAAGCAGAGCUUUUGGACGAUGUCACGAGCCCGCUUCUAGACCAGGACGCUGCCAAUGACCACAAGGCGCCGUAUCCGGAAAGAGGCGUCUCGCGGUAUUUUGAGGACUAG